UUUUUUUUUUUUUUUUUUGAGUUUGAGACAGAAAAAAAACUUGAAUGGACAGUGGAUACGGCACCUUCUGACGACAAAUAAUGGACAGCCACAUCUGUUAACGCUCACGGUUCAUUUAUUAAUGUCGUUUAUUUCACUAUUACUACCUUACUAACUUAUUUUAGUCGUCGUUCGUUACCCGGAACACCUGGAUUUUCACUCCGCGGGUGAGAGGGAUGGAUGUUCCUCAUCUCACUGAAGAUGAAAUGGCAGAGAUUAAAAAAGACGUGCUGACCAGACUGCGGCACUACCUCUGUGAUAAGAUCAGAGCCGAACGCCACCUCGACUACCUGCGCUCUCGCAGGAUCCUCACACGAGAUGACGCGGAGGAAAUCAGCUGCAGGUCCACGCAGACCAAGAGGACGGCCAUGUUGUUGGACAUCCUGGCCGAGAACCCCCGGGGCCUGGAUGCCCUGACUGACUCCAUAAGAGAGAUGCGCUCGCAAAACUUCAUCAUCACCAAGAUCACGGAUGAGGUGCAAAAGGCCAAAAACGAGAAGCUCGAGUCCCUCAGAGCAGGGGCUUCCAGUUCCUCAUCUGACAGCAACCUCAGCUCGCCCAGCACAACCAGCGACCUCCCCUCAACGUUUUCAAACAACUCCACCCUCCUCUUCCACCCAGACGGAGAGCGAAGCCCCUCCACUUCGAAUGUAGUAGGCUCGCUCAGUCUGUCCUCAUUACAGAAAGGUGCAGACAUGCCCUCUGGGGCUAGUGCUAGCAUUGGUGUAGUAUCCUCCACGACCUCCUCCAGCCUCCCGAGGCCCGGAGACCCGGGUGCUCCUCCGCUGCCGGAUGAGGUAGUGGUUGAAUCCCCCUCCAACAUAGACGGCGGAGCGCCGGGGUGCACCAGCAGCGGAGGGGACCCGAACUUCCAGCCGCUCCGGUCACGCUCGCUCACUCCGACGUCACACAGGAGCAUCUUUUAAUGCCACUUCUGAAUAAGACAGUGCUCAUGCAGUUAAAAGGGACGGACCAGCAGAUUCCUCCUAUACGAACAUUGUUAUUAUUAUAUACUCUCAUUGUUGUCUCGCACUCUUUUUGGUGUUGCUCUUGCCUUUGAUUAGGCGGUCAGAGAGAAAUUGCUAUACAUGGAACAUACUACUACUAUAACAAUUAGCUGUUUACAAGAGAAAAUAGAGACAGUUUGUUACUUGGGCAGGGGGUAUAAAGUUUUAAAUACUUAAACCAACAACAUUAAACAUAAUGCCAACACAAUACCUGAAUUUUGUCUGCAAAACCCUUUUCUUAUUCAAUAGAAGAACCCACAUGUCUCAGAUGUCGAAUAUAAGCAGCUGUACAAGAACUUCCUAAAUAAAAUACAGUUUAAAAGUAGCAAGAAUUAUGAUAUGAAUCAGAAACUGUCUGAUCAGUAUUUAAGUAAAGAAGAAUGCAAAUUUGAGCAAGCGUUCGAUGCCAGCUUUCGGUACUUAACACUUUUCCGCACAUGCUUCAAACACAUUUCGGUGCAUUGGCGUUUGAUACCCAUGUCGUGAGCUGGGAAAAUCUGACUCAUGCACUCCUACCUUGCUCCUCUUUCAUCUAACAUGUGAUUUCCUGAUAAACCGUAAAGUGUGAAAACACAGCAGCUACAGUUUAGGUGCACUGAGAACGUUUUAUACACUGGAAUGACUACUUGAGCCUAUAGUAUGUGUGUGUGUGUGUGUGUCAGUCUGAUCUCAUAAGACGCUGCCUGUGACCAGCGGGAUGUAUUGCCAAAAAUGAUGAUUUCCAGUUCAUUCUAUGCAGCAUUAAGUCAACAAGGAGUUGCUUUACAUUUUCGUCACUACACAAGUCUUGAAUCACAACUCAUUGUGAAAUACAAACGAUGUCCUGCUUGUUACUUCGUUCUCUGGUCAUGUACAAUCAUCUGUUGCAUACUAAAGGUUUUCUGUAUGAAUUCAACUCAU